GCAUCCUUUUCUCUUUCACACACUUUUCUCUCUCUCAAACGUCGCCAUCAACGUCUGAUCUCAUACUUUUCAAGCUUUGAAAUGGCAAUCAGAGAAUAUGCAAUUUGUAUGGAAGAUACUGGAAUCAAGAUCUUCAAAAGUCUUAGGCCCUGGAAGACAUCACUUGUUUUGAAUUGUCUGAUGGAUGGCCAUGACCACAGCGAAACUCUGACCAUUAACUGGGACUCAACAAAUAAAUUUAGAUUUGCAGGAACUCUUGAUUGUGGAGAACGUUAUCAGAUCGAUGAGGUUAAGCCUCAGACAUACAAGGACAAAACCCUCAUUGCCCAGAUUAGGGUUACGGGUAACGUCAGCUGCAUGUGCACGAGAUUUGAUACCACGGCUGUAUUCAAAGGGAAUAUCUUAGGUAAACCUGUUAUGUUUCAAACUAAUGCCUCUGGAUACUGGAAGCAACAGAAGCCUAGAUAUGCAAAAAGGAAGCUUGAAGUUUUUCUUGAUACAGCCCUGCCAGAUGGAUCUAAAACAAAAGAUGAACAGUUUUCAGGAUAUGAUAUGGACAAAUCAUCUUCUUCUGAAUCAUCUGCCUCAAAAGCCAUUUCAUUUGUGCCUAAAUCCAUUUCAUCUUCUGAUGAUUCUGGUGAUCAGGAUGCAUUUACUGUGGAGAAGAGUUACCUGGCAGCAGAAGAACCUCCCCAAGUCGCACACUCUCCAAGUGCAGAAUUGCCUGCUAGGGAUGCACUCACUGAUUUUGUGGAAGCUAAAGAAUUGGAGACAGGUGGUGAACCACUGGUCAGAGGACUAGGUUUGAAUUUCAUUGCUCUAAUGUGAAGUGAUUGUUUCAAGGUUCUUAGAGCUUAUUGUUUGUAAACUUGAAGAUGGUCUUUCUUUCCUUUUAGUAAUUGAUGUCAUGUGUUUUUCUUUUUGGAUUUUUGACUAGUGCUACUUGUACUUGUUGGUGAUGAUUAUCUAUCACCAUAGUUGAUGUCAUUUCACACGACUUGAAAAGACCUUAACAUGAGUUUCACUAAGGCAAGGCAUUAUAUCAAAUGAUUAUCUUUGUG